AUGACGACGCACGAAGAGAAACCAUUGUCAAUGGAAUCACGACUUACUUUAAAUGAUAAACAGACAAUGCCGCAAUUAGGCCUUGGUACAUGGCGCAGUGAACCAGAAAAAGUUCAAAAUAUAGUUCGAGACGCCAUAUUACAUUGUAAUUAUCGUUUAAUUGAUGCUGCAUGGGUUUAUCAAAAUGAAGAUGAAGUUGGCAACGGUAUACAUGCAGCCAUCGAACAAAGUCAAGGGAAAAUUAAACGUGAAGAUAUAUUUGUUACAACUAAAUUAUGGAAUCAACAUCAUACAACUGAAGAUGUUGAAUGGGCUUUACGUGAUAGUUUAAAAAAACUUCGUUUAGAUUAUGUUGAUCUUUUUCUUAUUCAUUGGCCAGUUGCAUUUAAAAAUAUGACUGAAAAUCUUUGGUCACAAAGUGAAGAUGAAAAAACACGCUAUUUUGCUGAAAAUGUUACACUAGUUGAUACAUGGAAAGCUAUGGAAAAAUUAGUUGAUUUAAAAUUAACACGUUCAAUAGGUGUAUCAAAUUUUAAUCCAUCAGAAAUCGAUGAAAUACUUAAAAUAGCUCGUAUAAAACCAAGUGUAAAUCAAAUUGAACUUCACCCAUAUUUCAAUCAACAUGAACUUCGUGAAUAUUGUGCCCAUCACAAUAUUGCAAUAACCAGUUAUUGUCCAUUGUCGAAUUUGAAACGUGAAAACGAACGUGCUGAAGACGUAUCAGCAUUAUAUAAUGCAGUUAUUCAAGAAAUAGCUCAAUCAAAACAUAAAACCACAGCACAAAUUAUUAUUCGAUGGCAUCUACAGAAUGGUCUUUCUGUUAUACCAAAAACUGUGACACAAGAAAGAUUAAUUGAAAAUUCGGGAGUAUUCGAUUUUGUAUUAUCAGAUCAUGAAAUGCGAGAAAUUGAUCAUUUGACUCAAACCAAUCGUCGACGUUUCGUUAAUCCACCGUUUCGGCCAGCCAAUAAGCCCAUAUUUGAUGACUGA